AUGGCUAAUGCUCAAUCUAUAGUAGCUUAUUUUGCCCUAAUAAUAAUAUUUGGGCUGUUUUUGGUGGGUGAGGGUUCAAAGUAUGUUGAUCAAGUUGGGAAUGGGUGGAAUAAUGCGCAUGCAACUUUUUAUGGAGAUAAUAGUGGCGGAGAAACUAUGAAUGGUGCAUGUGGAUAUGGAGAUCUAUUCAAACAAGGGUAUGGUCUAGAAACAACAGCACUAAGUACAGCACUGUUCAAUGAUGGAGCUGCCUGUGGAGCUUGUUUCGAAAUAAUGUGCACAAGCUCGAAAUGGUGUAAAAAGGGAGGCGGUCCGAUUCGAGUUACAGCAACCAAUUUCUGCCCUCCAUGGUACCAAGAAGCUCCAGAAGCAUGGUGCAACCCACCUCGAAAACAUUUCGACUUAUCAAUGCCUAUGUUCUUAAACAUUGCGGAAUAUAAAGGUGGGAUUGUUCCUGUUCUUUAUAGAAAGGUCAAAUGUUCUAAAAAAGGAGGUGUUAAGUUUGAAAUUAAAGGAAAUCAAUAUUGGUUAAUGGUUUUGGUUUAUAAUGUUGGAGGUGUUGGAGAUGUUGCUGGAGUCAAUGUCAAAGGAUCAAAGACAAGUUGGACUCAAAUGUCAAGAAAUUGGGGUCAAAAUUGGCAAACUUGGUCAAGAUUGGAUGGUCAAAGUCUUUCUUUUCAAGUGGCUACUAGUAAUGGUAAAAUGUUUCAGUUUAAUAAUGUGGCACCAGCUAAUUGGGAAUUUGGGAAAACAUAUGAGAGUUCAAAAAAUAUGCAUUGA